UAUCGCCCAAUGUCCCGAAAAAAGUGUUUUGAAUAUAACGUCGUCUACUGCUUUGCCGUGAUGUUCCAAUCUGCUCUUUUUCUUUCGUUGGCUCUUGAUAUCUGCUUCAGUAUCAUCUUGCCGAUAAAACAUAUGAUAUGGAAAAAGCGAAACUAUGUAACGGCUAUGUGCAUUUUCCCAACUAUUUUUGCAAUUGCUGCCACGCUGGUCAGCUUCCUGUUUAUCCCUGACGAGGAAGCUCCGUAUUGCAUUUUUAUGUUAACAACAGACGUGCGGAUUUAUCAAAUGGUUUCGAGUGCAAUGAUCGUUUUGAAUACAAUUACACUAAUCGUGAUUAUAUUUUCUGUUGUUUGUGCUGUGAAAAAAUCGGAAAACAUGCGAGGAAGUCGUCAUUCAAGUGGAACUCGAAGCAACAGUUUAAGGGAAGAAAAAAAUAAAGUUUUUCGAUCAACUUUUUUCUUGGUACUCAUCUACAUUUUAUCAUGGUGGCUGGUUGUCAUAAUUUUCCGCGUUAUGGUUGAAUUCAUCGCAAAUGUUCACGAAGCGGUUCACUACAUGCCUUAUUUGCUUCUAAUUGUCAUGCCAAAUUUUUGUCAAACCUACUACGUAACAUAUUUCCGAUCUCCGCGCUUUCGUAAAGCUUUCCGAGAACAAUUCAACUGGAUUACUUGUGGGAUGGCAUUUCCAACAAUAUUUGAAAAGGAAAGAAGUAGCAGAGGGAGCAAACAUGGAAGUGCCACAAACUCUGCCAACGGACAUCACGCUCAUACAGAUCCAGACGGAAGGAAACCAAAAACGGGAAGUCUGAAGUCAGUUCGUUUGUCAGUUCAGGUUUAA